CCCGCCGAGUCGAACACUCCAUGUGCGUGCACCCAUUCCGAUUCGUUGCAGCAAGUCUAUCCGCGUGAUAUUGUCUGGCUACAACGCCUGAGCCGCGAGGGAACUCCCAUACAAAGCUUCCCUGAUGCGUAUUUCUUAACCUACGCCUACUCCCCAAAACAAUUAAUGACAUGGCUAUCGAGGCUUUGAUGCGUACUGCAAAGGAGCGCUUUGUGGAUCACCUCAUCCAGUCUACGUUCCUUUCGAUUGUGAUAGCAUUUGUGAGCUACCUCAUAUACAAUGAGGCUGUACGCAGCGGAGCCCGAGUCCCCGGCAUGAGGGGACCGAGGGGGUGGCCGCUGAUCGGGAAUCUGUGGGACAUCCGUAGUAACGCUGCAGAGAAAUAUGAAGAUUGGUCCAAGACCUACGGUGACGUCUACCAGGUACAGAUGGGUAACGUCCCCGUGGUGGUCGUGAACAGUGCGGCGGCGGCGAAGACACUUUGGGUAUCACAUUCUCAGGCGCUGAGUUCUCGGCCAACGACUUACACUUUCCACAAAAUUGCGUCUAGCACUGCGGGUCUGACUAUAGGCACAUCGCCAUACGACGAGUCGCUCAGGCGACGCAAGAAGGGGGCCGCGGUAGCCUUGAACCGGCCAGCACUCCAAUCUUACGUACCGUAUCUGGACAUGGAGUCGAAAACGUUCAUUGAAGAUCUCUUCACGUACGGAAAGGCGGGCAGGACGCCAAUAGACCCUCUACCGCUUAUCCAACGGCUGUCGUUGUCCCUGGCUAUGACCAUCAACUGGGGCGUUCGGGUGCCGUCGCACGAGGAUCGGCUAUUCAAAGAGAUUGUGGAAGUCGAAGAAGAGCUUAACCGGUUCAGAUCGACUACGGGCAACAUUCAAGACUACGUUCCGCUUCUGCGUCUUAAUCCUAUCAACAAGACAUCGGCGAAGGCUCGCGAGAUGCGCGAUCGUCGUGACCAUUACCUUCGUACUUUGAAUAACGAGCUCUCUGAGAAGGUGGCCAUGGGCACAAACAAACCUUGUAUCCAGGCCAACAUUAUUAAGUUCAAGGAGGAGAAGAUUAGCGACGUCGAGCUCAUCUCCAUCAGCCUCUCUGUUCUGGGAGGCGGUUUCGAAACAGUAUCUAAUACCGUACAGUUCAGUAUGGCUUUCCUAGCGCAACAUCCAGACAUACAGGACAAGGCAUACGAGGCAAUCAAUGAUUUCCAGAGAUCUGAUGAGCCUCUAUGCGAUGCUGCUGACGAUCAGAAGUGCGCCUAUAUCAACGGGCUAGCCAAGGAGGCACUGCGUUACUUCACUGUUAUUCCCCUCAAUCUGCCUAGGCAAUCGAUCAAAGACAUUGAGUACAACGGAGUACUCAUUCCUGAAGGAACAACAUUCUACAUGAACGCAAUGGCCUGUAAUUACGACCAUGAGCUCUGGGAUGAUCCCCAGCAAUUUCGACCGGAGCGCUGGAUCGAGAAGCCAGACGCGCCGGUCUUCACUUUUGGGCUUGGGUACAGAAUGUGCGCAGGCCAUCUACUGGCAUCUCGGGAGCUGUACCUAGUGUUCAUAAGGCUCCUCAGCAGUUUUCGCCUGGAGUUGCACGGCCAGGUUGACACAAAUCCCAGAACAGGAAUGAAGAACCCACGAGACCUAAUCAUGGCGCCGAAGAAAUAUGAGAUCUUCUGCGUCCCGCGAAACGAAGACUUGCUGCGGCAAGUGCUCGAAGGCCACAAGGUUGAAGAGUGCUGUCCCGCGGUUAAUAUAGCGUUCUAAAUCCAUAGAGGCACGGGGUGCGUGUCUUGCAUCACGCAAGUCGCUGUCUU